AUGUCGACGGACCAAAGUAGCUUAGCAGCAUCAUCCCAGUUGCCUAAUAAAACCAAUUACAACCUUCCCAAACCGAAGGCUGCUUACUAUCCUCAUCCAGGCUCUAAAAUUUAUGCGGACAAAAAGUUGUACGAUGGAAUAGCCAAUGCACCUAAACGCUUAAUUGAGAGUCACAGGUGUAACCCAAGAACCGGUAUCGCUGUCCAGGUCUCUGCCAAAAGAGUCUUUAGAAUUAGGACCCCAGAGGGACCUCAAGUUUGCGACUUGAACAUAUGGAACAUGAACAAUCCGAGGGAAAGGUUCUGGGCUGCAAGAACAAGACAAAUACAUUCGGCUCAUGUUUCAACGUACGAUAGGUUAUGGUCAAUCUUACCAUAUUUACGUCCUUUGGUCACCAUUACAGGUGAUUCAAUGCUGGCAAGGCAUGAUGAGUGGGGCGGACGAGUACAUGAUACUUUAGGCACAAGAUGUGAUCCAUAUAUUGACAACUUGAUUAGUGGACAAGAUAACAAUUUUCACUGUCAUUCAAACCUUACUAGAGCUGUUGCGCCAUACGGAUUAACUGAAUUUGAUGUGCAUGAUGUCUUGAAUGUUUUUCAAGUUACUGGUUUAAAUGAAUAUGACCAAUACUUCAUGGAAACAUGCCCUGCUACUAAGGAUGACUACUUUGAGUGUUUCGCUGAGCAGGACUUGUUAGUUGCCAUAAGUGCAUGUCCAGGAGGCGAUUUGUCUCAAUGGGAGUGGGGUGAGGAAAGUAGUGAGAUGCAAGAACUGAAAAUGAUAGAUUGUUGCAGGCCGUUGGUAAUUGAUGUUUAUGAAUUAACCGACCCCGACGUUGUCUUGAAAGAUUGGAAUGCUCCUGAAUUUUCAUCAUAUAAGGGAAACCAUGGCCUUAAAUUAUCUAAAUGA